AUGCCAUCCUCGGUGACAAUAGCCCUCUUCGUCUCGCUGGGCGUCAUUGCCGUCGUAGGCUAUCGCAUCUCGCGAGGGGGAGGAGGCCGGGGUGGUGGUGUGGGCAAGUACGACCCCAAGACGGGCAUCGGCAGGGGUGCGCCAGGCUUUCAGACCAACGUGACUCGCAUCGCCGUACCAGCGCACAUCGUAGCGCGCAUUCGCGCUGGCGAGGACGUGUCGGCAGAGGAGAUUACGGCGGCGCAGGAGGCAGAAGCCAAGAAGCAGGCAAAGUUGGCAAAGAGUGGCAAGAGUGGGAAGCCUUCUACGCCGAGGAGUGACCCGGCCAAUGAGUGGAUUCCAGAGGGUCACUCGACCGCACGGGGCACGAAGGGGAAGAGGAUUUAG